AUGGCAACGUCGUACGUGGAGGCUCCAGCCGCGCUGUACUGGUACGACGACGACGCCGACGCCGAGGCGUUGCUCCGCGACAGCGACGCCCUGCCGAUGUCGUCGGUGGAGUUUCUUGCUCUGUCUCGGCAAGACGCCGUCGCCGACUUGGAGGCCUUCCUCCGUUAUAUCCGGAGCGUUCACGUUCCAGCCACCGGCCUUGCUCCUGUCGCCAUGGCAGAUGAAGCGACCCCGACGACUCCCCUAGCGGUUCUUGGAGCGCCGCGCAGUUACGGCGAUGACGAUGCCGCCGCGAGCGCCACCAUCAAGAGUCCGUCCAAGAAGCAGCCGGAGCCGUUCGAGACGUACGACGAUGACAUCGACGCCAGCCUCAGGGCCAUGGAGAAGGACCCCACGGAACGUCCCACGCCGUUGUACCUCUGGACGACGCAGGCUGGGAAGAUGACCAUGGUCAAGCGCGCCGAGCUCGUCUCGUGGAUGCACGACUUCGCCGGGUACUACGACCUCGCCCGGGGCGCGCUGCACCGAGCCGUCUCCUACGUCGACCGCUUCCUGUCGGCCAAAAAGAUCUGGGGCUCUUGCGAGCUCCGCCUCCUCGGCGCCGUGGCCGUCUUCACCGCGGCCAAGUACGAGGACAGGAGAACCACGUGGGCGCUCGACGCCGACAAUGUCGCUCGGCACGCCGGGUGCACCCGACGCGAGGUCGUCUACGCGGAGUGCGAGCUGGUCGCCGCGCUCGGGUACCGCCUCAGCGGCCCCACGGCCUACACGUUCAUCGACCACUUCACAAGGCACGGCCAAGAGGAAGAGGGCACCCAGGGCUCGGCGGUGAGGUCCGUGGCGCACCACCUCGCCGACCUGGCGCUGCUGGACUACCGGUGCGUGCAGUUCCUGCCGUCCGUCGUGGCGGCGUCCGCAAUCGUCCUGGCGAGGCUUGCCGUGGACUCCGCGGCGUCGGGGAGCCAGGAGCUCAAGGUGACGGGGUACGCGCUCGAAGACCUGACCGGCUGCAUGGACACGAUCUACGACAUGCAUGAGCACCAGCACGUGUGGCCAGGAUGCGCCCAGAUGAUGGCCAACUGCGCGCACAGCUACUCCUUGCCCCCUCGCUCGCUGAUCGACGUGCGCGCAUGGACCGCAGAAACACAGCUGCAGAGCUAG